ACACAGAAGCCCCCCAAGCACUCACAGGCAAGCCGGUUUGUGACGCAAUGAAGGCUUCGUUGAAGACUAGGUAUGACACCGACAAACGCGCCGCCGCCGCAACAGUGGCCGUCAAAGCCGGCGACCUCAAGCUCCGAGCUUCCAUGACUGACGCCACUGUCGUCAAAGGUCCCAGCUUAAACGGCUUAGCCCUCGCCGUUGAAAAACCCAUCUUCUUCAUCAUCGACUACAACGUCCCCAAAAAGGAUUUUAGGUUUCAGUUUAUGAACACAGUUAGGGUUGCAGAGAAACCAUUGAAUUUGACUUACAUUCACAGUAGAGGCGAUAACCGGACGAUACUGGACGGGACGUUGGUGUUCGAUUCGGCGAACAAGGUUUCGGCGAAUCACGUGCUUGGUUCGGGGAAUUGCAAAUUGAAGUAUAGUUAUGUGCAUCAAGGGGUGACCACGUUCGAGCCCAGCUACGAUUUGAACAAGAAUUCUUGGGAUUUUGCUGUGGCAAGGAGGGUUUAUGGUGAUGAUGUAUUUAGGGCUUCAUAUCAGACUUCGAUCGGCUGUGUUGGAGAUGUGGAGGAGUUCGAUCCACAGCUUCAUUUCUGAAAACACGAUCUAUUGUGCAAGCCGGUAAGCAUCCUUGAGGAAACAGCAGUUGUAUGAGUUCGCAGAAGAUUUUUGUUUGCCUCCUCCCUUUUCCAAUCAUAUUCAUAACCCCUGGACCCAUAGCCACCAAACUAAUGAACACGCUUCACCCGCUCAACAUAAUCUUCAGGAAGAAACUUCGUAGUGGGAGGAACUUGCAGGAAGAACGUAUCAUGAGAAUCACGGGCAGGAUGUUGUUGUGGCUGGAACAGUGCAUCAAAAUUCCAGAAGCUGCUUUCAACAAAAUUGAUUUUUUUUUAUUUUUCUCUUCUUUUUUUAACACAAACAUCAUCAUCUCCUAGCCUGGCAGCCGUCUCAUCCAUCCUCCUUUUUAUUUUUUUAACCCACUCCUGCACCCACUCAAUCUCUCUCUCUCUCCUCUUUUCUCACUUUACUUUUUUCCACUCAUACUUUUUUGGUUCCAUCUUUCCACCCACGCAUGUUUCCCACUAUAUGCUUUCUCCAUUCAUAUUUUAUUUUUAUUAUUCUUAAAUUUCAA